CUUGAACUACUUAUUUAUCUGAAGCAAUAUAAAUCAAGUACAAAAGACAGUAAAUCAGGACACUAUAAAAGGAACAUGAGAGGCUGUGAGGAUGACAGAGCAAGAGCUGGAAACAAACAUCAGUGAAGAAUGAAGGCUUUAGUAUGUAUACUGCUGCUGUUGGAAACCUUUGUGUUUGUCGUCCAGCAGCAGGUAGAUGGAGGACUCAAUGAGAAUGAGAUCAGUCAACAGAUCAGCUCUGAGGACGGAAGACAGAAUCCACCUCAAACAGACACUUUGAGAGCUGAAGCUUCAACUGACAGACAACAAUACUGCGAUCUGGGCAUCCCUGACAUCCAUGCAGCACUGAGAGAACUGACCGCCACCGUUACAGAGCAGAAAGAAAACAUCAGAGAACUGACCGCCACUGUUACAGAACUGAGGGAUGAGAUGAACAAGAAAGAUGAAGAAAUUUCAAAUCUUACUCUGAGUCAAGUGGAGGAGUUGAGAAAGGAAAAUAGAGACAGAGAAAUAGCUUUUUCAGCUGCACUGAUGGAAUCUAGCUAUGGAUAUUUUGGUCCUUUUACCACUGACAUCACACUAACCUACAGGAACGUCUUCACAAACAUAGGGAACGCCUACAACCCAAUUACAGGUAUUUUCACAGCCCCACUGAAAGGAGCGUACAUGUUCAGAAUCAAUGUAACUGGUCGUCGUGGAAUUCAUUCAAGUGCCUCCAUUUAUAAGAAUGGAGAGAAGGUGGUUUCAGGACAUGAUGAGCAGGCUCAGGAUUGGUUAAACUCCUCAAAUGGAGUUGUUUUGAUCCUGGAGGUUGGAGAUGUUGUCUAUGUGAGACUUUGGUCUGGUAGGAGGUUAUAUGAUAGCGUGAAUAACUACAACACUUUCAGUGGUUUCCUGCUGUUUCCCUUAAGAGAACAGGAGAUUUGCAGAAUGUGAUUUCAAUCAUUCUGAAUCUUCACCAUAUGAAUUAA